UCUGGCUGCAGGGCGAACUACAACUCCCACUCGGGUGAGUGGGGUCGAGUGUGCUCUCUGGCUGCAGGGCGAACUACAACUCCCACUCGGGUGAGUGGGGUCGAGUGUGCUCUCUGGCUGCAGGGCGAACUACAACUCCCACUCGGGUGAGUGGGGUCGAGUGUGCUCUCUGGCUGCAGGGCGAACUACAACUCCCACUCGGGUGAGUGGGGUCGAGUGUGCUCUCUGGCUGCAGGGCGAACUACAACUCCCACUCGGGUGAGUGGGGUCGAGUGUGCUCUCUGGCUGCAGGGCGAACUACAACUCCCACUCGGGUGAGUGGGGUCGAGUGUGCUCUCUGGCUGCAGGGCGAACUACAACUCCCACUCGGGUGAGUGGGGUCGAGUGUGCUCUCUGGCUGCAGGGCGAACUACAACUCCCACUCGGGUGAGUGGGGUCGAGUGUGCUCUCUGGCUGCAGGGCGAACUACAACUCCCACUCGGGUGAGUGGGGUCGAGUGUGCUCUCUGGCUGCAGGGCGAACUACAACUCCCACUCGGGGGAGUGGGGUCGAGUGUGCUCUCUGGCUGCAGGGCGAACUACAAUUCCCACUCGGGGGAGUGGGGUCGAGUGUGCUCUCUGGCUGCAGGGCGAACUACAAUUCCCACUCGGGUGAGUGGGGUCGAGUGUGCUCUCUGGCUGCAGGGCGAACUACAAUUCCCACUCGGGUGAGUGGGGUCGAGUGUGCUCUCUGGCUGCAGGGCGAACUACAGCUCCCACUCGGGUGAGUGGGGUCGAGUGUGCUCUCUGGCUGCAGGGCGAACUACAGCUCCCACUCGGGUGAGUGGGGUCGAGUGUGCUCUCUGGCUGCAGGGCGAACUACAGCUCCCACUCGGGUGAGUGGGGUUGAGUGUGCUCUCUGGCUGCAGGGCGAACUACAACUCCCACUCUGGUGAGUGGGGUUGAGUGUGCUCUCAAGGGUUAAGGGAGUGGCAGUGGGCGGGGUUAUGCAAAUUCCAGACCAAGGGAUUGAGUCAGAAACACUGGGAUGUCUGUGGUGGAGGAAAAACAGAAAAUCUAGGAGGAAAUUGUCCCUGUCUGAGAUACAUAGAUAAAUAUACAUUAUUUCAUAUAUUCAUAAGUAGAGACAUUUUUAAUAUAUAUACAGUAGAGUCUCACUUAUCCAGCGUUUAUGUUGGAUAAGUGAGACUCUACUGUACAUUUAUACAUGAUCGACUUGUUUAUUAUUUCUGGAAGCAGGAAAAUGGACUUGGAGAAGCUGCGCCUCUUGAACCAGGAUCUCUUGCAGAAGCUGAAAGCGAACCAGGAAGCCUUCAGGAAGCAGGUCCCAUCGUCCACAACGCUGGAGAAGGAGAAGGAGAGCCAAGACCGGGAUUCGCAAUCGGUGGUUCCGGUGCCGUCGGCGGAAGCUUCCGGAUCUUCCCAGGGAAAAGAAGCGGCGCCGGGUGGAAGGCCGAGGGUCCGGAUGCCUCCGGCCCCCAAGCCCGUCCUGCUGACGCCGCACCAGCGAGAGAAGCCCAAGAAGGAAGCCCCGCGAGUGACCUUUGUGUCCGGCCCGGAAGAACGUGCGGCUCCUUCCGGAAGAAGUUCUGCCCGGCCGUUCCUCGGAUACGACUGGAUCGCAGGACUCCUUGAAAUGGAUUCUUCCAUCACGGAGAAACCGGAUCAAUACUUCUCCGAACUGCAGGAGUUCCGGCGGGUGAACCGGGAAGACUGCCUUGUCGACCGGGAGUCAUGGUUGGAGAGCUCCGACGCUUCGAGCCGUGACACGGAUCCCACGUCCCAUCAAUGCGUCUUCUGCUACCGGAUAAACAAGCGACUCUUUCCGGAACCAAUGGGUCCGGAACCGGCAUGUGCCGUGUGCAGAACCCCCCGCGCCCGGAAACCUCCGGAAACCCUCGUGGAACCCGCCUUUGUCAGGGUCAGCGUCCCCAGGGCCACCCUCCUCCCGGCCUACAAGCACAAGAUCCACCGGAGGAAAAGCUUUGACCCGGCCGGAGACCUGGCCUUGCCCUCGCACUGCCUGGCCGGCUGGGAGGAGCCCGUCCGCACCUUCAGCCCGGCCCUCAGCAGCCUGGACCUCCGCUCCUCCUUGACCAGCCGGACGACUGACCGCUCCAAAAAGGAGCGCUCUCCUUCCACUGGGGUGACUGGGGUCCCUGGCUCUGCCUGUGUCCCUUGCAGAAGGAGGUCCGGAUCCGGCACUUUGUCUCUCGGCGCAGGAAUGGCUCCUACCGCCUGCCGUCCUCCGACUUCUGGCAGGAGCGGCCCUGCUCCUUGCGCCACUGCCUGGCCUGCCUCCCCUGGGAGUGCCCUUCCGAGAGCGACGCUCGGCGGCUGCAAGUCCCAUUGUCCCCGGAGCCCCGCGAGGUCCGGAUCCGUCUUCCGGCCGAGACGGAGCUGCCGCCCUUCGACCGCCUGCCCUCCGUGGACGACCUCGGGCGGGAGUAGCUCCAACCAAGGCAGGCAUUUCUCUCCUCCGGGUUGGACUACAUAUCCCAGCGUCCAGGUUAUGAAUUAAGGAGCGAUGGAUGCCGUAGCUGCCCCCGUUCAAAAUGUUAAUCCAGAUUCUUGAAGAUUGUCUUGCCGGUUUUAAUCCCCAUAGUUGGACUGCAGAUCCCAUCAUCCACAGUGAUUGGUUUUGUAGUCCAGAAGUAGACCCGACUUCCCAACGACCAAUGUAUGCCACAAAUGUAAACUUUCUAAACCCCUACAGUUCGACUACAGAUCCCAUCAUCCACAGCUAUUGGUUUUGUAGUCCAGAGGACUUCCCAAAGACCAACAUACGCUGCAAAUGCAACUGGUUCUAAUCCCCAUGGUUGGACUACAUAUCCCAUCAUCCACAGCAAUGGCUUCGUAGUCCAAAAGGCGACCCGGCUCCUACAUUUGUCCUAAAUGUGAAUUCGGAGAAGCAACCUCACACAAACAAGAAGUUACUACACAUCCCAUCGUCCACAGCGAUGGGAUUUGUAGUCCAAAUGGUAACCUGACUCUUACGUUUAUCCUAAAUGGAAAAACAACCUCACGGAGAAGUAGCCACGACUGAUCCCAUCGUCCACAGUGAUGGGUUUUGUAGUCCAAAGGGUGAUUCAACACCUACCUUUAUCCUAAACGCUUCGAAUCAGACAAUUCAGACAAACAAGAAGAAACCAAAAGUUACUUUCAAGACGAAGCCAAAGGUGUUUUCCUCCCUUCAAUAAAACAUUAAAAUCCAAAACGAACUUAUAUGCCCUUUGGCUGCGUUAUCUUUCCAGCUAAAAGCCUGAACUUUUGGAAAAAAUGCUUUUGUAUUUUACUAGCUGUGCCCGGCCAGGCGUUGCUGUGGCGAAGUCUGGUGGUCUGGGAAAUAAAGUAUUGAGGAAUUGGUGGUAGUUAAGGUAAAGUGUAAAGGUUUCAUCUUACAUUAAGUCCAUUAUAAAUGGGUUAUAUAGUUGUGUGGAAGGGCCUUGAGUCUACACUGCCAUAUAAUCCAGUUAAAAUCAGUUCAUCUGUAUUUUAUAGGCAGUGUGGAAGAGGCCUAAGUGAGGCCUAACUCUGCCUGUCCCCUGGGUUUUGUUGUUUACUCCAUAGUAAAACGAACAUUACAUUUAUAUAUAUAGACACUAGCUGUGCCCGGCCAUGCGUUGCUGUGGCGAAGUCUGGUGGUUUGGGAAAUAAAGUAUUGAGGAAUAGGUGGUAGUUAAGGUAAAGGCUAAAGGUUUUCCCCUGACAUUAAGUCUACUCGUGUCCGACUCUGGGGGUUGGGGCUCAUCUCCAUUUCUAAGCCGAAGAGCUGGCGUUGUCCGUAGACGAGUCUACACUGCCAUAUAAUCCAGUUAAAAUCAGAUAAUCUGUAUUUUAUAGGCAGUGUGGAAGAGGCCUAAGUGAGGCCUAACUCUGCCUGUUCCCUGGGUUUUGUUGUUUACUCCAUAGUAAAACGUUGUUGUGGCGAAGUAUAGUGGUAUGGGAAAUAAAGUAUUGAGGAAUUGGUGGUAGUUAAGGUAAAGGGUAAAGGUUUUCCCCUGACAUUAAGUCCAUUAUAAAUGGAUUAUAUAGCUGUGUGGAAGGGCCUUGAGUCUACACUGCCAUAAAAUCCAGUUAAAAUCAGAUAAUCUGUAUUUAAUGGGCAGUGUGGAAGAGGCCUAAGUGAGGCCUAACUCUGCCUGUCCCCUGGGCGGAGCUUAGCCUUCUAACUGGCAGCAAUUGGAUAAAAACAAUUAUUCCUCUCGCUCUAAUUAGGACUUUAUUUUUCUUUUCUUUUUGUUGUAUGAACAUAGAGGCAUGGAUGAGGGGUUGUGCUGCCAAGUUUAGUGUUUCUGGGAUGUGUAGUUUUGUUGUUUUGUCCUAGGCCGAAAUUUCAUUACCCUAGAUCUGUAAGAGACAAAAGAGUGGGAUGCACUGUUUUCCAUUUCUGGAGAUUUUUAAACAGAGUGCAGAUGGACAUCUGUCGGGAGGGCUUUAGUUGUGUAUUUCUCUAUGGCAGAAUGAAACAAGAUGGCCUUUGGGGUCCCUUCCAGUCCUGUGACCGGACUAGAUGGCCUUUGGGGGUCCCAAAGGUCCCAAUGUGGAGUUUUUUUGACUUGAGACGUGAGUUCGAAUCUCUGCUUAAGUUAUCCAUAGGCUCCUAUUAUGUCCACAUUGGCCUCAAAGGGGAUUUCCAGAGACGGAGAAAACAAGAUAGACUUACCAGAAAUGAACCCUUGAAAAGGGUUCGAGGUCUCAGAAUUUAGUCAAAUACUAUCUGAUACCGUUUUUGUGGGUUCGCUCAGUUUGUUUUCUAAGAAGAGGAGCCAAAUGUCAAUCCCAGUCUGGGCUUUUGGGCCGUCAAAAUGAGUCAGAGACGAGUCAUCAUUGGGGGAACCUUUUGGGACUUGAUUGAUCAACUAUUAUUGAUAGAUAGGAACAGUUUAUUUUUUUAUUGUAUUUUAUUGAAUUAACAAGCUUGGGUCCUUGGUGUUGCCCGGAUUACUUGAAAAAGUCAAUGUUUUAAUUGUACAAAAUGCAUAAAGUUGUGGGUGAACUACAACUCCCAUCAUGCCAGGUGAACCCCGAGAAACUCCAUCAGUACUUAAAGUAUGUUAUGUUGGGCAAGUUUGCUCUGGUGGGGUUUUCUGGCUGUAGGGUGAACUACAACUCCCACUAUGAUGAGUCAAGAUUUUUAGACUGCAAUCAUCCAGAUUUAAAUGCUACACAGAGCAGUUUUCAGUAUAAAACAUAUAUCAGACAUAGAUCAACAAGACUCCAACUAAAGUUUGUUAGCGACACAGUAUGUGUACAUCCAGUCUCUCCAAAUGCAUAUAAUAUGCUGUAAAACUCAAUAUAUCAGUGUGCAAAUCAGUUGGCUCAAACCUGGCUGGGAGUCAAAACAAAUCAAAGUCUCUGUAGUCUUGGAGCAGUUCUAUAGGACUCCUCAGGUUGUAAAUGCAGUCAAUAGGCUGUAGCUUAAGUUUGUUGACAAUAAAUGGUCAAAUAGAUAAGCUUAUGUAAACAGCUUGUAAACGGCUUAUGUAAAUAGCUUACUUCGGCUCACAGCCAGCUACUCUAAAAUAACAUCUAUUUGACCAUUUAUUGUCAACAAACUGAAGGAUAGAACAAUGGAUGGAUAGAUGGAUGGAUUGAAAGAAAGCUGGAUGGAUGGAUGGAUAGAUAGAUAGAUAGAUAGAUAGAUAGAUAGAUAGAUAGAGAUGGAUAGAUGGAUGGAUGGAAAGAAAGAUGGAUAGAUACAGCUAGAUGGAUGGCUGGAAAGAUGGCUGGAUGGAUGUAAAGAUGGAUGGAUGAAUGGAAAGAUGGAUGGAUGGAUGGAAAGAAAGAUGGAUAGAUGGAUAGAUUGAAAGAAAGCUGGAUGGAUGGAUGGAUAGAUAGAUAGAUAGAUAGAUAGAUAGAUAGAUAGAUAGAUAGAUAGAGAUGGAUAGAUGGAUGGAUGGAAAGAAAGCUGGAUAGAUGGAUGGAUGGAUAGAUAGAUAGAUAGAUAGAUAGAUAGAUAGAUAGAUAGAUAGAGAUGGAUGGAAAGAAAGAUGGAUAGAUACAGCUAGAUGGAUGGCUGGAAAGAUGGCUGGAUGGAUGUAAAGAUGGAUGGAUGAAUGGAAAGAUGGAUGGAUGGAUGGAAAGAAAGAUGGAUAGAUGGAUAGAUUGAAAGAAAGCUGGAUGGAUGGAUGGAUAGAUAGAUAGAUAGAUAGAUAGAUAGAUAGAUAGAUAGAUAGAUAGAGAUGGAUAGAUGGAUGGAUGGAAAGAAAGAUGGAUAGAUACAGCUAGAUGGAUGGCUGGAAAGAUGGCUGGAUGGAUGUAAAGAUGGAUGGAUGAAUGGAAAGAUGGAUGGAUGGAUGGAUGGAAAGAAAGAUGGAUAGAUGGAUAGAUUGAAAGAAAGCUGGAUGGAUGGAUGGAUGGAUGGAUGGAUGGAUAGAUAGAUAGAUAGAUAGAUAGAUAGAUAGAUAGAUAGAUAGAUAUGGAUAGAUGGAUGGAUUGGAAAGAAAGAUGGUUAGAUACAGCUAGAUGGAUGGCUGGAAAGAAGGCUGGAUGGAUGUAAAGAUGGAUGGAUGAAUGGAAAGAUGGAUGGAUGGAUGGAAAGAAAGAUGGAUAGAUGGAUAGAUUGAAAGAAAGCUGGAUGGAUGGAUGGAUGGAUGGAUGGAUAGAUAGAUAGAUAGAUAGAUAGAUAGAUAGAUAGAGAUGGAUAGAUGGAUGGAUGGAAAGAAAGAUGGAUAGAUACAGCUAGAUGGAUGGCUGGAAAGAUGGCUGGAUGGAUGUAAAGAUGGAUGGAUGGAUGGAAAGAAAGAUGGAUAGAUGGAUAGAUUGAAAGAAAGCUGGAUGGAUGGAUGGAUAGAUAGAUAGAUAGAUAGAUAGAUAGAUAGAUAGAUAGAUAGAUAGAUAGAUAGAUAUGGAUAGAUGGAUGGAUGGAAAGAAAGAUGGAUAGAUACAGCUAGAUGGCUGGAUGGAUGGAAAGAUGGAUGGAUGGAAAGAAAGAUAGAAGGAUGGAUGGAUAGAUGGAUGGAUUGAAAGAAAGCUAGCUAGCUAGCUAGCUAGAUAGAUAGAUAGAUAGAUAGAUAGAUAGAUAGAGAUGGAUGGAUGGAUGGAUGGAUGGAAAGAAAGAAAGAUGGAUAGAUGGAUGGAUAGAUAUAGAUGGAUAGAUGGAUGGAUGGAAAGAAAGAUGGAUAGAUAUAGCUAGAUGGAUGGAUGGAAAGAUGGCUGGAUGGAAAGAAAGAUAGAAGGAUGGAUGGAUGGAUAGAUGGAUGGAUUGAAAGAAAGAAAGAAAGAAAGAAAGAAAGAAAGAAAGAAAGAAAGAAAGGAAGAAAGAAAGAAAGAUAGAUAGAUAGAGAUGGAUAAAUGGAUGGAUGGAUGGAUGGAUGGAUGGAUGGAAAGAUGGCUGGAUGGAUGGAAAGAUGGAUGGAUGGAUGGAAAGAAAGAUAGAUAGAAGGAUGGAUGGAUAGAUGGAUGGAUUGAAAGAAAGUUAGCUAGCUAGCUAGCUAGAUCGAUAGAGAUGGAUAGAUGGAUGGAUGGAUGGAAAGAAAGAUGGAUAGAUGGAUGGAUUGAAAGAAAGCUGGAUAGAUAGAUAGAUGGAUGGAUGGAUGGAUGGAUAGAUAGAUAGAGAUGGAUAGAUGGAUGGAUGGAAAGAAAGAUGGAUAGAUGCAGCUAGAUGGAUGGAUGGAAAGAUGGAUGGAUGGAAAAUGGAUGGAUUGAAAGAAAGAUAGAUAGAUAGAUAGAUAGAUAGAUAGAUAGAUAGAGAUGGAUAGAUGGAUGGAUGGAUGGAUGGAAAGAAAGAUAGAUAGAUGGAUGGAUAUAAAAAUGGAUGGAAAUGGAUGGAUGGAUGGAAAAUGGAUGGAAAUGGAUGGAAAGAAAGAAAGAUGGAUAGAUAGAUAGAUAGAUAGAUAGAUAGAUAGAUAGAUAGAUAGAUAAAGAUGGAUAGAUGGAUGGAUGGAAAGAAAGAUAGAUAGAUGGAUGGAUAUAAAGAUGGAUGGAAAUGGAUGGAUGGAAAGAUAGAUAGAUAGAUAGAUAGAUAGAUAGAUAGAUAGAUAUGGAUAGGUGGAUGGAUGGAAAGAAAGAUGAAUGGAUGGAAAGAUGGCUGGAUGGAUGUAAAGAUGGAUGGAUGGAUGGAAAGAAAGAUGGAUAGAAGGAUGGAUGGAUAAAUGGAUGGAUUGAAAAAAAGCUAGCUAGGUAGCUAGAUAGAUAGAUAGAUAGAUAGAUAGAUAGAUAGAUAGAUAGAGAUGGAUGGAUGGAUGGAUGGAUGGAUGGAUGGAUAAAUAGAUAGAUAGAUAGAUAGAUAGAUGGAUAAAAGGAUGGAUGGAUGGAUGGAUGGAUGGAUGGAUG